UAGAAUAUUUUGAAAAUGACAAUUCAAUGACCCAAAAAGAAGUACUGAGUUGGGCUGCAGCUCUUAUUACUGUAACCCUUAGUAGUAUAUUUAUUAUGCAGCACACGCAUUUUUUCGGUCAGAUAUUGGGAAUGAGAAUAAGAGUUGCCUGUUGUUCGUUAAUUUACAGGAAGAGUUUGAAAUUAAGUAAACCGGCACUAGAUCAAACGCCAGUUGGUCAGGUGGUAAAUCUUCUUAGUAAUGAUGUCAAUCGUUUCGAUUUACUGCCUGUUUUUUUUAACUAUCUAUGGAUUACGCCGCUUCAGAUUAUUGUGAUUGGUUACAUCAUUUGGCGCAGUAUUGGAAUUUACACACUAGUCGGGUACGGAGUAUUAUUUCUAAUAACUAUUCCAAUGCAAGGCUACAUUGGAGCGGUGACGGGAAAACUAAGAAAUUCUACUGCAAAAUUAACUGAUCGACGUGUUCAACUUAUAAGUAAAAUAAUUUCUGGUAUACAAGUCAUAAAAAUGUACGUAUGGGAAAAACCAUUUGAAGAAAUGGCCCUGCAAGCCAGGGCGGAAGAAAUAAAACAAAUCGUUCGAUCAAAUAAUAUUAAAGGAUUGUAUUCAAAUUUAUGGGAAUUGACUCAAAAAAUAAUGACGUUUACAACCGUUGCGAUAUUUAUUUUGAAUGGAAAUCAAUUACCGACAAGGAUCGUUUUUCAGAUUCCGAUUUACUACAAUACCUUGCAAGUUCUUAUGACCAUUCUUUUUCCUAUGUCUAUACUUUUAUCAAUACAAACUAUUAUUGCAGUCCGGAGAAUUGAGGAAUUUUUGCUACUUGAAGAAGUUACUGAGAGUACGAAAGCUUGUUUAGAUGUCAAUGGGUCUAAGAUGUCGAAAGUUGAUGUUGAGAAAGAGAAGAAAUCUAUUCCUGGAGCAGUAGUUGUUGAACUAAAUAAGGUUUCAGCCAAUUGGAAAUUUGGGCAGUUACCUCCGACACUUUGUGACGUGACUCUGAAGAUCAACGGCGGAGAACUUUGUACUCUUGUAGGUCCAGUUGGUUCGGGCAAAAGUUCUUUGCUUAAUUUGCUGCUGCAGGAGCUGCCAGUUGGUGCGGGAACAAUGAAAAUAUCGUAUGCAAGUCAAGAUCCCUGGUUUUUUACGGGAACUGUGAGAGAGAAUAUUCUCUUCGGGCUGGAUUAUGACAAAGCGCGUUAUGACGAAGUAACGAAAGUUUGUUCAUUGCUGCGAGACUUUAUACAACUUCCCAAUGGUGACAUGACAAUCGUUGGAGAACGCGGAGCUUCACUGUCUGGUGGUCAACGAGCGAGAGUAAAUUUGGCCAGAGCAAUUUACAGACCAGCAGACUUAUACCUACUAGAUGAUCCCCUCAGUGCUGUAGACGCGCGUGUCGCUCGACGUCUCUUCCAGGAUUGUAUUCUUGGCUAUUUGAAAGGCAAAACGCGGAUUCUCGUUACACAUCAAUUCGAUUAUCUUGAGCAAGUUGACACAAUUGCGGUUCUCGAAUGCGGAUCGAUUAUACAUCAAGAUGCUUUUAAUACUCUAACAACCGUAAGCCCUACUUUUAACAACAUGGUUAAUGCGUCGAAAGAGAACAAAAACAGAGAACCCAAUUCAAUUACUGAACAUGAUGAUGACAUGAGUCCUCCAGCCUCUGCAAUAGAAUACGCCUCAGGAAAUAACGAUUUCUUUCGUCGACUUAAAGCAAGAAUGUCCCAAGUUUCUAUCAAAUCACAAGAUAGUUGCAAGUUGAUGAACAAUAAAAACUUCGAGGACUCAAAUGCAAAUAACGCACUUCCCGAUGAAGUUAUGGGCACGGGAUUCAUUUCUAAAGAGAUUUACUUUAGAUAUUUCCGAGAAGGUGGUGGAAUCAUCGGCGUCACUCUGCUUGCUUUUAUGUUCAUUGUAACAACAACUGCCUCUAUUGGUGUCGACCAGUGGAUGACUUACUGGACAACAUUAGAAACAUUCAGGCCUUGUAUUCAUUCCUCAGGCGGUUUUUGCCAGGGCGCUGAACAUGAAUCCAAGUCCCUCGUCAAUAACACAAUAUUCGCUCCGCUUCUCGAUGCUGACGGUUUGUUACCCACGAACACGGCAGUCUACAUCUACUUGACACUUCUUAUCACUUUUGUCACACUAUCGAUGUCAAGGUGUUAUUUCCUUAUCCUGGUUGGAAUGAGAGCUGCGCGCCGACUUCACAAUCUCAUGUUCGCCAAUGUUCUCAGAGCGACGAUGUACUUCUUCAAUACAAAUCCUUCAGGUCGAUUAUUAAACAGAUUUUCAAAAGAUGUUGGAACGAUGGAUGAUAGUCUUCUGCCAGAUAUUAUGCAAGCCACGAUUAUUCUUUCAUCUGUUGUAGGGACGCUUAUAAAUAUAAUUAUAGUCAAUCCAUGGAUGAUGAUACUUGCUUUGAUCAUAGGGAUUUUAUAUCGUUUUUCGAUUAGUUUUUACCUGAAAACGGCUCAAGAUGUAAAACGACUAGAGAGCACGGUGAAAAGCCGAGUUUUCAGUCAUGUGUCCACAACUUUCGAUGGUUUGCCGACAAUUAGAAGCAGAGACAAUGCCGAGAAAAUCAUGUUACGCAAAAACUUUGACCGGUAUCAAGAUGAUCAUACGAAAGCUUGGUAUUUAAUGAUAGCAACUGGGUCGGCCUUUGGGCUGAGUAUUGAUUUGAUGGCUUGUUUUUUCAUCGCUGUCUUAAGUUUUCUGUUGAUUAUUUUUAAUGUUGAUGGAGCAUCUGCUGGCUUAGCAAUAUCUCAGUCUUUAUUAUUAACGGGUAUGCUCCAACAUGGAGUGAAACAAGCUACCAAAGUACAGUCGCAAAUGACAGCAGUUGAGAGAAUUAUUCAGUAUACUAAUCUACCAAAAGAAGGUCCAAUAGAGUCGUCGAAGCCGUUGCCAGCAAACUGGCCGUCAGAGGGACGGAUGCAGUGGAAAAAUGUCUACCUCUCUUACAAAGAAGGUGAUCCUCCUAUUUUGAAGAAUAUUGACCUGAUGAUAGAGCCGGGCUGGAAAGUGGGAGUUGUCGGAAGAACUGGUGCUGGAAAGUCUUCUUUGAUAUCAGCCCUCUUCCGACUUGUAGACGAUGGACUCCAGGGGCAAAUAAUAAUUGAUGACGUUGACACAAAAACUAUUGGUCUUCAAGACUUACGAUCAAGUAUAUCGAUUAUUCCACAAGAGCCUGUUUUAUUUUCUGAAACUUUGCGGUAUAAUCUCGAUCCCUUCGACAAGUACACCGACAAAGACAUUUGGGAUGCUUUGAGAGAAGUUGAAUUGAGUGAUUUGGUCCUCGAUCAAUGGGUCACCGAGGGUGGAACCAAUUUCAGCGUCGGUCAACGUCAACUUAUUUGUCUCGCCCGAGCUCUGUUAAGAAACAAUCGUAUUCUCGUUCUCGAUGAAGCCACCGCCAAUAUCGAUUCUCAAACUGAUGAAUUAAUUCAGCGAGCGAUCCGGUCUAAAUUCGCAGACUGCACCGUUAUAACAAUAGCUCACCGAUUAAAUACGAUCAUAAACAGCGACAGAGUUCUAGUUAUGGACGAUGGUUGCGUUGCGGAGUUCGACACCCCCUACGAACUACUGGUGAAAAAACCAGAUAGUAUCUUCGCAACAAUGGUGGAACAGACCGGCCCAACAAUGGCAGCUAAAAUAAUACAGGAAGUGAUGAAAUUGCAUCCACAGCAAACAGAUACACUUACAUCAGUUGAAAAAGACGGUCCUACUCUUUUACAUAUAAAUUCUCCCAGUCAUGUGUCAUCGUCCUACGAUACAAACCUUUAG